UGUGGGGGAGGGAGGCGUCACCAUCUCGCCACUGAUAUUCGAUAUUCAAUUCCGUAGGAUAAACAAAUGGUUUAGAGUAGCAACAUUUCCGGUUCACUAUAUCAUUUCCAAAGUUUACAUUUCACCAACUUAGACCACUGAAAUAGUGUAUUGUUUGCCACGAUCCCCACACCGUCAUUCGCUGAACAAGUCCAAUGGCAUUCCCCAACUUUCUCACGGCGUUCUCCUCCAGCCUCCAAGCCAUUAAUCCGUUCAGCACUCCUCCGAACUCUCACAUUGAUCCCACCGUCGCCGAUGUCCUUGUCGUCAAAGCAAUGCUCCAGAGCCUCUCCCUUCCCCUCGAGCUCGCCGACGCCAUCAUCGACUAUGCCGAGUACUGGCCUCACACCUCCGCCGUGCUCCCGGGUAUCAAACCCGCCUGUGCGCAUGGUAAUUCACGCGAAGACUAUUUUGUUACACGCACCCUCCCUCUCGGAUGUCUCUCAAGCUCCCCUUCCACAGACCCCAGCCGUGCGCCUCCACCAGCAAGCCAAGGCAGUAUGAGACCGCAUGUCUUCCCACCCACUCAAUCCGAGGCCUCGAAAGCAGCAACCGCCGCCCUGUAUGCAGCAUGGGCGGGGACCUCACAGCCGCGUGAAGUGCAUCCAUGUCGGAAAAUCGUUUUCAAAUUCGGGAUGCGCGAUCAGGGGUGGGGCGGGGAUUACAAAGAUCACGGAACUUAUAAUGGGUCGUUUACGUGGUUAGAUGUUGGGAGAGAGCGGGCGAGGGCCAUUGACAAGUAUGAGAGUGAGACCUUGGAGGGAUCUGCGGAGUUGCCGCAACCAAAAAGGCAGCGGAAAGAAGGCUCAGAGAGCGAUGUGGAGAAGACGUUAGCUUGGAAUUUGGAGUCUGUGGAUCCCCCAUUGAAAAUGAAUGUAUCUCCAACAGGGCGUCAGGCGUGGCUUAAUGAAGAGAACAGGGUACGUAUGGCGGUUGAGCUAGAGCAUCCGUUCUUGCCGCAUGACAAGACGUUGCAGAAGAAUCUAGUUGCGACAAAAGAGGCAGUGGACUACACAAUCGUAUGGCGCUGGGAUGACGAUAUUGAUGCCGAAUCCGAUGACGCGGAAGAGUUGCAGAAGGCCGGCCGCGGUAAGGCCACAGGAAAUGGCGAGUUCGUUCGGAGUUUGGAGGUUGGAGAUGUGGUGACUUUGUGGGCAAGAGCGAGAUUUCCGGGGUGGUCUAUUACGGUAAUAGAUGUUGAGGUUGAUAUGUUCUGGGCGGUAUAAUACAUCUAUGGAAUCCAUGGUUGCAUGAGGCUAUGGUUUGUAGAAUUGGACAGGGUUACAGAGAGGCCAGUAGCUUUCCGUCAAUAUAUAGUAGAUAUACAGUAUGCAGAAAUUAGC